UUCAAUAACCUACAGUAGAAAUAAGACAGAUUGUGUCAUUUGCAAAUAUUUCUUGUUUCAUCAUUGGAUUAAAAAAGGGGAAUAUUAUCAUAUCAAAGUAAACUUUGAACUAUUUCAUAUCAUUUUGUCACUAUUUUCUACUGACGGUGUGGAAAUUUUUAGAUUAAUUUUGAAAAGCUUCUUAGGAAACUGAAGUUAUCAGAUAUAUAUAUAUAUGUAGAUUGUAAAAGUGUAGUCGGGUUCUUUGGACAGUUUUAUUUCACUUUUCUUCAAUAAAAUUAAACAUGAAAUUAUUCAUGAAAUUAUUUUUUAUUUUAUUAUAUUGUUUAAGUUUUUAUUUUCAAGGUAAGGUAAGCAAUGCACAGGGAAAGGACUGCAUAGCAGAAUAAAUUUUGAUUGUAUAAAGGAAUUUUUCCAAAGAAUUGAAAAAACCCGGCAGUUCAUCUAAAUCAUGGAAUCGAUUUUAUGGUCAUUUUGUUAUACGUUAUGUUCGUGGAUUACAAUGGAUUCCUAUUCCAAUUGGUAUGGGAUUUGCCUAUUUGGCAUACCAACAGUUUUGUCAUGUUAAUAAGAGAGAGCGAGAUAGAUUGAUCAGUGGUCCAAAAGUGUCCUUAGCAUCUAAUUUAGAGAUCUCCUUAUAUAAAAUGCUACCUCUUCGAAUUUUUUCUCGUUUUUGGGGUUGGAUAAAUGCCUUAGAGUUACCUAUGUUUUUGCGUAGUCCUCUUUUAAAAUUGUUUAUUUCCACUUUUGAAUGUAAUAUAAGUGAAGCUGAAGAAGAAGAUCUAAAAAGUUACCACAAUUUAGGAGAAUUCUUUCGACGUGCUCUUAAACCCAAUGUCCGUUCCGUCCAUCCAAUAUGUGAUCUGGUUAGUCCAGUAGAUGGAACAGUUCUUCAUUUUGGUAAAAUAAAAGAUGGCUAUUUAGAGCAAGUGAAAGGUGUUACAUAUUCUCUUGAACAGUUUCUUGGCCCCAAUAGUUGGUCUUCAAAAAAUUCACCAGGGCAUGAAAAUUCUUCCAAAUAUCAACAGUCAUUACUUUACAAUAAUAAUGAUUUGUAUCAUUGUGUUAUAUAUCUUGCACCUGGUGAUUAUCAUCGCUUCCAUUCCCCAGUUGACUGGACAGUUCAAUACAGGAGACAUUUCUCUGGUGAGUUGUUCAGUGUGAGACCAGGCAUUGCAAAUUGGAUUGCAGGACUUUUUAAUAUAAAUGAGCGUGUUGUCUACAUUGGCACUUGGAAAUAUGGAUUUUUUGCCAUGAUUGCAGUUGGUGCAACAAAUGUGGGUUCCAUUAAAGUUUAUUUUGAUAAGAUUUUAUCGACAAACAAUAAAAAAUGGAAAAAGGAUUAUUAUUUGGAUUACAGUUUCUUAGAAAAUAACAAUCACAAAUAUGUUUUUCAAAAAGGUGAUCCUUUUGGCGAGUUUAAUUUGGGAUCAACUGUUGUCGUGAUCUUUGAAGCACCUAAAGAUUUCCGGUUUGAUGUACAGUGUGGACAAAAAGUUAAGUACGGCAUGCCCAUCUGUCUUCAUCCAACCUGAGCAAAAAUGAUGAUCAAAGUAACAAAAUUCUAACGAGCUCAAUCGAAAAUGUAAAAGGAUACUGUAACUUGAGAUUUGCAAAUAGACAAUCGUGGAAUUUGUUAGGCGACAUCAGAAACUCUGGAGUAUAAAAUACGUAUCAUGAUAUAGUUGCAUUUUGACUGCUGUGAUGUGCACAAUAUUUAUUACAUAUUAUAACAUUUUAUAAUCAAUCGCCAAUCCAUUUGAAUAUUAUUUCAAUUUAUUCUAUUUAAAACCUAAGUUUUCCAAAACUUAUUACAAUAAUAAUAAUUAUUAUUAAACUGUAGCAUAUUCUUUUUGUAAAACCUAAUGAAAUAGCUUUCUUAAUCCUGAGUACUAUCAGUGUUCAGGAGUAAGAAAUUAAUUUAAAAGAAAUUAAGAAAGCAUUAUUAGAGAUGCAUAAAGGAUCUCUGUACUCUUGAUGAUGAACUGAAAACCUGAAUAGUACUUGUUCUAAGAAAGAUAUUUCAUUUGGUCUCCAAGAAAGAACAGUAUGCAAGUUAAGGUCAUUGGUGAGAGAAACUUGUUAGUAAGUCUUCCUUAUUAUUGAUCUUUUUAAAAGUAGGUUUAAAAUAACUUAUUCAGCUAAAAGAAAACAUCCCUGCAGUUUUUUAGAUACAUGCUUUAUGCUAAAUUAAUUAAAUAUAAAUAAUUUUUAAUAUUUGUAAAAGUAGUAAAUGAAAUAUAAUUUUUUUAUAUAUAUAUAUAUAGUAUGUGUUUAUGUAUACAUGAAAUUGCAUUUAUAAAGACAUUAUGUACAUUUACGUGUAAAAAAACUAAUGUUUUAUAAAGAGUAUAAUUGUAUACAUGUUACUAUAUAUAUAUAUUUGUAUAAAAGUAUGUAGUUUGUUUAUAAACUCAUAUUGAAGUUUCUAACAAUAUUAAUUGUAUGAUAGAAGAAAAAUCAUAAUUUAAUACAGGAAGUUUACAGAAGUUUGCCAUAAAUUAUAAAAUGAAAUUCUGUAUUUUUACUAAAAUUUAAGUUGGUGCAUUCAUUUUGGCAAAUGCUAUGGAUUUUUGGAGAAUUGAGAAUAGAUUAAUUGCCAAAAAAUGAAAUUGUGCAUGUAAAUAUAUAUUUUUUUAUAAAUAUAACUAUUUAAUAUUUAAAUUGUUUUUUAAAUAACUUGUAUAUUCA